AUUCGUGACUCUGGAGCCCAGACCACAGGUUGUUUGAGACCUUUUAUUUUUGAGAAUACAAAAGAUCCUGGAAAACUUCAAAUAAUUAAUGAAGUUACUUCUAAACAACAGGGUGUUAGACAUUUUUUGUUGAUUAGUAGGCAAACAAUUUUAUUUACCCAAAUGUCUGCAAAUCCAAUAAUAUGAACUAACACAGUUUUAAGUUUAUCGUACCCGACGAUAAACGAUAAUACAAUACAAUGAGUAAUUGCAAACAUAUAUAGAAUCUAUAAGUAGCAGCAGUGGACAAAAUGAUUGCAACAUAAUUUCAAAAUCAUUGUAGUGUCUAACACUUUUAUAAAUUUAUUACACAAAAGUUCUCUGUGGUGUUCCAAAUGGAUCACGGGGUUAACCAUGAUCCAUGGAUUUCGCCAUUCAUGAAACAGUGUUUCGUCUCUCUUGGAGUAUCAUUGAACGUGGCUGCUCAUGGUCUAGUGAUGGGAUUCGCUGCUAUACUGCUGCCUCAGCUCCGACGAGCUGAUUCCGUCAUACCUAUAGACGAUACAACUGGUUCUUGGAUAGCUGCUAUCCUGGGCUUCUCCCUGAUUGCCGGCAACUUCUUAGUGCCCUCAAUAAUGGCGAGAUUUGGUAGAAGAACUGCAAACCUCAUCAGCAUAGCGCCAAUGAUCGUUGGCUGGUUCAGCAUCGUCCUCGCCACAAAUGUUACAACGCUCCUAGUCGCGAGAUUUCUCCAAGGUCUCGCUAUGGGAAUGAGUGGUUUCCUCGGCCCCGUAUUAAUUGGCGAAUAUACCAAUCCAAAGAACAGAGGAGCCUUUCUCACUUUGGUAUCAUUGACGAUUUGUACUGCUGUUCUUUUUGUCCACACCGUCGGAUCUUUCGUCACAUGGCAAGUGACUGCGUUGGUGAUGACAGGCAUUGUUUUUACCGAUUUGUUAAUAAUAAUCCACUCUCCAGAAUCACCCAGUUGGCUGGCGUAUCAAGGAAGAUAUGACGAAUGUAGAAAAGUCUUUCACUGGCUCAGAGGUUACGGGGAAGAUGAUGAAUUAGAAAAACUGAUAGCAGCUAGCAAAAUUAUGAGAGAAACUAAACAGUAUGCCAAUGUACAAGAUUCAUUCGUGAAGAGUCUAAGAAAUAAUCUAGCUUAUUUCUACGUUACACUGCGUAAGAAAGAGUUCUACAAACCCAUUUUUAUAAUGGUACAUAUUUACACUUUGGCCAAAUGGUCUGGAGCAAACAUUAUUGCUGCAUACACAGUGGAUAUAUUUGAAAAUGUUGUCGGAAGUGAUGUGAAUAUUUCUCUCCUGAUUAUCACUCUUGAUGUUCAGAAAAUCCUUUCGAGCUUCAUAGCGGUCUUUAUUAUAAGAAAAAUCAAGCGUAGAACUUUACUUUGGGUGGCCGGCGGUUUGAACUUGUUUGCAUAUAUAACAAUAGCAUCUUACACAUAUUGCAAAGCUCAUAACCUUCUACCAUUUGAUCACCCCGCUAUAGGAAUACUUCUGAUUCACAUACACGUUAUAUCAAUAGCCACUGGCACUAUACCUCUGCCAAUCAUCAUCGCUGGCGAACUAUUCCCUUUGCAGUACAGAAGUUUAGCUGGAGGUAUUAGCAUGCUAUUUCUGUCAACAAAUCUAUUCAUAACGAUGAAAACUUUGCCAUUCUUGUUCAAGAAUAUUGGUAUUUACGGUGCAUAUGUGUUGUAUGCAACUGUAGUGGGAUACUGUCUGCUGAUAGCAUGGCUGUACCUGCCUGAAACUAAGGAUAAAACAUUAUUAGAGAUUGAGAAUGAGUUUAGAGGAAGAUCUCUGUCUCCUGAAGACCUGAAGUCCGCUCAAUCACUUACUUCUGAACAUAAUAAUAUGAAUAGCAGGCGUACUCGUAGUAUGGUUGUAUGAUACAUAUUGGUAUGAUCUCUUUAUUAGAUGUCAUAAGCCUUUAAUACUCACAAACGAUGCUUUAAUAUAUAAUAAAUUAUGAUGUAGGUACUAGGUAUCCACUUCCUUGGUACAUUUAUAGGUACAACUGCUACUUAGCUUAGUUAAUUUUUAAUUGUAAAUAUCUAAUCUUGUAGAGGAUAAUAAUUAUAUAUAAUAUCUACUCGUAAGUGCUUAAAAGUUGAG